CGGUCAGCAUGGCGGAUGAGGAGAUCGCUGCCCUUGUGGUGGACAAUGGCUCUGGCAUGUGCAAGGCAGGCUUCGCGGGGGAUGAUGCCCCCCGUGCUGUGUUUCCUUCCAUUGUGGGGCGUCCCCGGCAUCAGGGCGUCAUGGUGGGCAUGGGGCAGAAGGACAGCUACGUGGGGGAUGAGGCCCAGAGCAAGAGGGGCAUCCUCACCCUGAAGUACCCCAUUGAGCACGGCAUCGUCACCAACUGGGAUGACAUGGAG